AUGAAGCGCGGUGACCGUUGUCGUCUGCUGUCUCUCCCGGACGAGAUUCUCGAGUCCAUCCUCAGCACCGUCACGCACCCAUCCGACCGCUGCAACGUCGCUCUCGUCUGCUCUCGCCUCCGCCGCAUCUCGCGCCGCACGCCCCACACGCUCCUACUCAAGUUCAUGACUUAUCAACGCUGGCGCUUUAAAGUCCGGGAUUGGUUGGGCGAGUUCGACAUUAAGUCGAGGGCAUUUCCCCGCAUUACCAGUCUCACCGUCCACCUGUCGUCCUGCCUGCGAGACUACCUACUGGCGGGUAUUGGCGCCACGUGCGGGCAGCUGAAAGAGUUAAAGCUGUUGACGGUGGAUUGGGCGAGUUUUGAUGCCACUGCUAGUGGGUGGCGGUCGCUUGCUCGCCAAUGCCCUUUUGAGGUGCCCCGAAACUCAUCCCGGUCCCCUUCAGUCGUUUCCUCCGCCUCGUUACAGUCACUUCAGCAAACCCCUUAUCACUACCAGCACUCUUUCGUUGCACGCCUCGUCUCAUCAACUCAACGCCCCCCGCCCCGGUCUCUCCCUUGUCCCCGCCAUCUUGAGAUGGACCCUCAUUACAGCCAUCUGACCCAUCUCGAGCUCAACUCCCGGUUCGCCCGCGAUUCAUCGUAUCAGCGCUACAAAGACAGGCCCGCGCUGCCGCCUCUCCACGCCUUCCCCUCGCUCCGCGCCGUCACCCUCGGCGUCCACCCAAAGGAAAUCUCCCCCCUCCUCCGUUGCUCCGCGCUCACCUCUCUCUCGCUCUGGCAACCCACCGGCGGCCACCUUGCUUGCCUCGCAUCCCCCUCCUCCUCCUUCUGCUCGUCUCUCCAAUCCCUCACCAUUCAAUCUGCCAACCUAACCAACUACCUCCCCCGCAUCUCCUCGUUCACCCACCUCUCCUCUCUCUCCCUCCACUCCUGCACGUACAAUCCUGGCGAGCUUCUCUCCCUCUCGCGCUCCCUCAACUCCCUUACCCACCUCACAAUUGACGAUUGCCCGCUGGCCUGCUGCCGUGCUGUGGCAGCAAUGGUUCGAGCCAACCCCUCCCUCUCCAGCCUCUCUCUCUCCGGCAGCUCCUACCGUCUCUUCAGUUCCAAGCCCCUCUCAGCCGUGCUUCGUCUGUCCUCCCGUAAGCUGCAGACGCUCACGCUUUCGGGUCUGCCGUCGUUCCGCCCGGGUAUGCUUGCAGGGUGCAGCAGCCUUGAGUCGCUCACUCUCGAACGAGGAGAGGGGUCGUGGGAAGAGCUGUUGGGCAUGUUCGUGCGGGUAGUCGAGGCGAAAGGAGGUACUGAAAGAGGUUCGGAUACGUCCGUGGGAGCAAGUGCGGGAGUGGGUGCGGAUACGCCUGCAGCUGCUCCUGCAGCAGUGCCGGAAGGGAGGAUCAAGGGAACCCGGCGCACUUACGUUGAUAUCCGCGCAGCAGCAGAAUCGGCGCGCGCGGACGCGGCCGCAACAUGGGGGGACUUGCGGCGGCUGCUCAAGGCGGCCGGGGACCUCACGUGCUCCGCGCACUCCGAAGCAGAGUCCGCGCGCCGACUCCACUUGCUGCGCGGAGUCAAGCCCGCGAUUCAAAUGGUUAUGAGCGCGCUUUCCGCCUGCCAGGCCGGGUCUACCGCCGCGUGGGACGCGGACGUUGCAAGGGAGAGGGCGCGCGCUGUGAAACGCGUCUCUGCUGCUGCUGCUGCUGCCGGCGCGACGGGAGCUUUCUCGGCGGAGAUUUACAGCGAGGAGGAAGAGGGAGAGGGAGGGGGAAAGUGCGAGGGCGAGGGAGAGGGCGAGGGAGAGGGAGAGGGAGACGCGGGGUUGGGAGGAGACGUGGUGACUUUUUCCGAUGAGGAGUAUCGCGCGGGGGCCACCCCGGAUGCGAUUCACAGCUUCAUGUGGGAGCAGGAUCCCAGUGACGGCAUGCCCGAGGCCUCGCGGGAAGAGCUGCUGGCGAUGCUGAAUGCUCUGUCGGGGCAGCUGCGCCCGCGUCUCACGGCCAUGCAUGAGAACGUGGAGUUGGUGCUUGCGGGGGAGAAUGUCGAGGGCGGGGCAGCUGCGGCACUAGCAGCCGCGGCUGGGGCGGCAGCAGCGGCGGGUGGGGCGGCCGCAGCAACAGCAGGUGGGGCGGCAGCAGCAGCGGGUGGGGCGGCAGCAGCAGCGGGUGGGGCGGCAGCAGCAGCGGGUGGGGCGGCAGCAGCAGCGGGUGGGGCGGCAGCAGCAGCGGGUGGGGCGGCAGCAGCAGCGGGUGGGGCGGCAGCAGCAGCGGGUGGGGUGGCAGCAGCAGCGGGUGGGGCGGCAACAGCAGCGGGUGGGGCGGCAGCAGCAGCGGGUGGGGCGGCAGCAGCAGCGGGUGGGGCAGCAGCAGCAGCGGGUGGGGUGGUAGCAGCAGCAGGUGGAGCGGCAGCAGCAGUGGGUGGGGCGGCAGCAGCAGCGAGCGAAGCGGCAGGGGGUUCCCCAGGCGGGGAGCUACAGGUGGAAGCUUCACAGGGGCAGGGCGUGCAAGAGAGAGUGCAGAGAGAGGGAGUGCAAGAGGAGGGUGCACAACGGGAGAAUUUUCUCGAACAGAGGAGUCAAGAAGGUUCAGGCAGCAGCAGGCUAGCAGCAGCUAAGGCGCAUCUAGAAUUUGAAAGGGCCACGCCAGUGGAAGUGGUCUGCCCUUGCCUGGCCUCUCUGGUCCUCGAAGACAUUCAGUUUAUCCCUCUCUCUGAGCCUGCUUCUGAAAGUCUUCCCUCUACAUGCCCCCUCCUGGUUCCAGUUUCCCGUACUCCUCCCUGCUCCAAGUUUCGCCCCUCAACCUCCGUAUCCUUCCCUGGUUCCACCAUAAGUGCUUCUCCCGGUCAGCAGCAGCAGCAGCACCCGUUUGAAAGCAUUGCCCUGGCGGCUGUGUUUGGCGGGCUGCGGCGGUUGGCAGUGGUGCAGUGCGGUGGGGUGGGGGAGGAGCAGCUGAGGGCAGUGCUGCGUGCAUGCCAGGUGUUGGUGGAGCUGAGAGUAGAGCACUGCCACGCCAUGUCCAAUAAAGUGCUGCUCUCAUGCCCAAUCGACACUCUCACUCAUGCCACACUCAUUGCUUGCAACGGGGUCACGUCUGCUGGGGUGAUCGGGUUGCUGGGAAGUUUCCCAAGGCUGAGGCAGUUGAAGGUGGAAGCGGGUAAGGUUCCUGAACGGGCUCGGAGGAAGUUGCUGCGUGCUGGUGUGGUCGUCAGGGGGGUGUGA